AGUGUUUUUUUUUUUGGUCCACUUUUUGCGGAUCCGCUUUUCCUGAACUUUUUCAGGCUCUAAACUCGGAUUAAACCGGAUUAAAACGGUCCGGGGUCCAGACGGAACCGGGCCGGGACUCCAGAGGACUAGGGUCCGGUAUUUGUUUUUGUUUUUUACCAUGAGGACACUGUGAGACUCCGACAACAAACACACCAGCCUGCCGGACUGAGCGCACCGAGACCCGGACGGACCCGGACUGAAGACCCGCUGCUGGACCCGGACCGGACCAGGACCUGGACCGGAGGGAACCCCCCGACAGACAUGUAGUGUGUGUGGCUGUGAUCGGCGGACCAUCAUGCACCUCUUCCUUCUGCUGAUCCUUCACGCCACAGCAGCCGACGGACAGAUCGACCCUGCACACUGUCGCUACGCUCUGGGCAUGGAGGACGGUCGGAUCAGAGACCAGGACAUCACAGCGUCCAGUCACUGGUACCAGACCACCGGGCCACAGUACGCCAGAUUUAACCGUGAGGACGGAGACGGAGCCUGGUGUCCAGAAGGACAGCUGGAACCGACAGACAGUCAGUACCUGCAGGUGGACCUGGGCAGACUCACCUUUAUGACGGUCGUUGGGACUCAGGGACGGUUCGCCAGAAACUCUGGAAACGAGUUCGCUCGAGCGUACAGACUGAACUACAGCCGAGACGGAGUGACCUGGAAGACCUGGAAGAACCGGCUCGGAUCCACGGUGAUGGAGGGGAACAGGAACGCCUACACGUCCGUCAUCAAUGACCUCCACCCCCCCAUCGUAACCCGAUAUGUGCGCCUGAUCCCGGUCACCAGGGUGUCGACCACCGUGUGCAUGAGGGUGGAGCUUUACGGCUGCCAAUGGGACGACGGCCUGAUCUCCUACGAUGCCCCCGAGGGUCAGCUGAUGAUGCGGCCCGGUUACCUCAUCGCCAGCCUCAACGACUCCACAUACGACGGGACGCACGAGCGCAGGAGGCUGUCGGGCGGGUUGGGCCAGCUGACGGACGGCGUGGUGGGCCUGGACGACUUCCUGCGGAGCCGUCAGUACCACGUGUGGCCAGGCUACGACUACCUGGGCUGGAGGAACGACUCGGCCGGCACUCAGGGAAGCGUGGAGAUGGAGUUCAGCUUCGAGCGGCAGAAGAACUUCACCUCCAUGAAGGUUCACAGUAACAACAUGUUCUCCCGCGGCGUGAAGAUCUUUUCCUCUGUGACCUGCUGGUUUAAGCCCCGCCUCACUGCGGGCUGGGGGGCGGAGCCUGUUGUCUUUAAAACAGUUCUGGACGACCGGAACCCGAGCGCCCGUUACGUCACGGUGCCACUGAACCAACAAACGGCCACAUCCAUCCGCUGCAGGUUUACCUUCGCCGACGUCUGGAUGAUGUUCAGUGAGAUCUCAUUUCAGUCAGAGGACACCGUCCUCCCUACACAGGUCCUGUUGGUGGUGACGUCUCCUUCAGUGAACCAGGAAACCAACUGGACCACCACACCUGGGACAGUCCACCCAUCGGCCAGUGCUCCGCCCGACGACGGGAAGACUCCUGUUCUGAUUGGCUGCCUGGUGACCAUCAUCCUGCUACUGGUGCUCAUCAUCUUCUUCAUCCUCUGGUGUCAGUACGUCUGCAAAGUGUUGGAGAAGGCUCCUCGGCGGAUCCUGGAUGAGGAGGUGACGGUCCGACUGUCGUCCUGCAGUGACACCAUCGUUCUCCAGACCCCACCUGUCCCCCCCCGCUCAGGCCACACCCCCACAGGCCCAGUCAACGCUGACCCUCACUAUGAGCGGGUUUUCCUGUUGGACCCUCAGUACCAGAACCCGGCGGCGUUCAGAACCAAACUGCCAGAGUUAUCUGAGAGCGCCGAGGCCUCAGCGUGCGGAGGAGGUUACGCCGAGCCCGAUGUCACCCAGUGUACGCCCCAUCAGUGUUUCCAUAGUGACGCCCCUCACUACGCAGAAACUGACAUCGUGCGUCUUCAGGGCGUUACCGGUAGCAACAUGUACGCUGUCCCCGCCCUGACCGUCGACUCGCUCACCAGGAAGGACAUUUCUGCCGCCGAGUUUCCACGGCAACAGCUGAUCUUCAGGGAGAAGCUGGGGGAGGGUCAGUUUGGCGAGGUCCACCUGUGUGAGGCUGAGGGUCUGCCAGAGUUCCUGGGGGAGGGGUCACCUCUACCAGAGCGAGACGGAAGGGCAGUGCUGGUGGCCGUCAAACAGCUGAGAGCCGACGCCACGGCCCAGGCCAGAAACGACUUCCUGAAGGAAAUCAAGAUCAUGUCUCGUCUGAACGACGCCAACAUCAUCCGUCUGCUGUGUGUGUGCGUGACCUCUGACCCCCUGUGCAUGGUGACCGAGUACAUGGAGAACGGAGACCUGCACAUGUUCCUGUCGCAGAGGGAGAUGGAGAGCACGCUAACACACGCUAACAACAUACCUUCAGUCAGUCUGUCGGACCUGCUCCAUAUGUCGGUCCAGAUCUCCUCGGGCAUGGCCUACCUGGCCUCUCUGAACUUUGUGCACCGGGACCUGGCCUCCAGGAACUGUCUGCUGGACCGACGCCUCACCAUCAAGAUCGCAGACUUCGGAAUGAGCCGGAACCUGUACAGCAGCGACUACUACCGCAUCCAGGGACGAGCGGUGCUGCCCAUCCGCUGGAUGGCCUGGGAGAGCAUCCUGCUGGGGAAGUUCACCACUGCCUCAGACGUGUGGGCCUUCGGUGUGACGCUGUGGGAGAUCUUCACUCUGUGUAAAGAACAGCCGUACAGUCUGCUGUCGGACCAGCAGGUCAUCCAGAACACUGGAGAGUUCUUCAGGAACCAGGGACGACAGAUCUUCCUGUAUGCUCCGCCCCUCUGCCCGCCCUCUCUCUUUGAGCUCAUGAUGCGCUGUUGGAGUCGGGACCUCCCAGACCGGCCCACCUUUGAGGGCCUUUUUCAGGCCCUGAGGCCUCAUGUCCACCAGUGAACCAGGACCGGAACCAGGACUCAAAACCAGGACCAGAACCGGGACUCAGUGGACCUUCUUCAACACAAAGACAUGGAACCCACUUUAAAGGAAGCGCUCACACUUUUUUUAAUUCUGAGACACAUACCCCUGUGGUUGGGGCAAACCCUAGCCCUACCUGUGCCCCUGUGGUUUGACGGUCCUUUCGAACACUGUGUCUCUUCUUCUUCUUGUUCAUAUUUUUACUCCACACUGGAACUGGGGUUCAGGGUUAAGGGUCAAAUGCUUUUAUUUGUAGAUGUUUAUUGUAUUUGUUUCCUGUUUAUUGUAUUUCUGUUUUUGUGAAUUUAAAUGUUGUUGAGUGUUAAACCUGUGUGGGGGGUCAGGGCCUGGGG